UUAUACAUAAAUCAAUGGUUUUGUUGAUUUCAAAAGUGUCGACAACCUUGGCCAAAAAUCCCCAAAUGACAUUUGUGGGAUGACUUCGUAGUUUGUUGCACUUUUCUCACACAACAAAGUUAAUUCCUCAAAGUCUAAUUAAAUAAAAUGGGUCAAAGUCAGUCAGGCCCCGGCGGCGGCGACAAGAAGGAAGAAAAAGACAAGAAGAAGAAAUACGAGCCCCCGAUUCCGACCCGUGUUGGUAAGAAAAAGCGUCGUACUAAGGGCCCCGACACUGCUUUAAAACUCCCGGUGGUGACCCCCCACACCAGAUGCCGCCUAAAACUCCUCAAACUCGAACGCAUCAAAGAUUACCUCUUGAUGGAGGAGGAGUUCAUCCGGAACCAGGAGCGCCUCAAACCUCAAGAAGAGAAAAACGAGGAGGAGCGCUCGAAGGUUGACGAUUUGAGGGGGACCCCCAUGUCCGUGGGGAACCUGGAGGAGAUUAUCGAUGACAACCAUGCCAUUGUCUCGACUUCGGUCGGUAGCGAACACUACGUCAGUAUUCUGUCGUUUGUGGACAAGGACCAGCUGGAGCCUGGCUGUUCUGUGCUUUUGAACCACAAAGUCCAUGCGGUUGUGGGGGUUCUGGGCGAUGAUACGGACCCCAUGGUCACGGUUAUGAAACUGGAGAAAGCCCCCCAGGAAACGUAUGCUGAUAUCGGGGGGCUCGACACCCAAAUCCAGGAAAUAAAGGAAUCGGUCGAGUUACCGUUGACCCAUCCAGAAUACUACGAGGAGAUGGGGAUCAAGCCACCGAAAGGUGUGAUUUUGUAUGGGCCCCCAGGCACGGGGAAAACGCUCCUGGCCAAAGCUGUGGCCAAUCAAACCUCUGCUACUUUUUUGAGGGUUGUGGGGUCGGAACUUAUUCAGAAAUAUCUGGGGGAUGGCCCGAAAUUAGUAAGAGAGCUGUUCCGAGUUGCUGAGGAACACGCACCUUCCAUUGUUUUUAUUGAUGAGAUUGAUGCUGUGGGGACGAAACGUUACGAUUCGAAUUCGGGCGGCGAGCGCGAAAUUCAGCGCACUAUGCUAGAGUUACUUAACCAAUUGGAUGGGUUUGAUUCAAGGGGCGAUGUUAAAGUUAUUAUGGCAACUAAUCGAAUCGAAACUCUUGAUCCUGCUUUGAUUCGUCCGGGACGUAUUGAUCGCAAAAUCGAGUUUCCGUUGCCUGAUGAAAAAACAAAGAAACGGAUUUUUAACAUUCAUACGUCACGAAUGACUUUGGCGGAAGAUGUCAAUUUGCAGGAGUUGAUUAUGGCAAAGGAUGAUUUAUCAGGCGCUGAUAUUAAGGCGAUUUGUACGGAGGCCGGGCUAAUGGCCCUGCGUGAGCGAAGAAUGAAGGUGAUGAAUGAAGAUUUCAAAAAAUCGAAAGAGAGCGUUCUUUAUAGGAAGAAAGAAGGGACUCCGGAAGGACUCUACCUUUAAAUAAAAUUAACAUUUUGUAUAUUUUUUUUCGAAGAAAUAAACUCUAGUUUAACCGA